AUGUCAAUUCUCUUGAGCUCAGAUCAUUUGGACAAGAAUACUAGUAGUGCUCCUAAUACCAUUGAUCAUACUACAAAUAAUCCUAAUCAAUCCAUCUUUUCAUCUAAUCUUACUCCUCGUCGUUCUAAUAUCUCUAAUCUCACGACCUCUUCUUCACCCAUGAAGAAUGAAAACACUCUUGGUUCUCAAUCGAUUCCAGAAGUUGAGGAGUCAGCUGGCUCACUCCUUGACUCAUCUCCUACUUCUACUACUACUCGAAACCAAUCACAAUCGAAUUCAACUAGUUUACGUGAUUUUCAAUCGGACCCGCUCUUAGGUCCUCGUCGGUCCUCAACUUAUUCCAAUCGUGAUGAUAGUAAAUCAUCUUCGCUCUUCUCCCCACUCAACUCAGCAUUCUCCUCUUUCUCAUUCAAUCCUAUCAAAACUACUUCAAGCAAUCUGAGCGCCAAUCAAAUCUUUUAUUCUUCUGCGACCAACACCCCUUCGCCUACUACCCAACAAGCUGAUUCCCCUCGUCUCAGUUCUACUACUCUUGCCUCGACUAAAUCCCUCAAUACUUCUAUUGAGCCUUUUGAUCUCGAUCAGCAUAAUUCCUCUUCUACUCUUCAUCCUGGUGCUCGGUCUUAUUCUAGCCCGGGCACUUCCACCUCACUCUCAACAAAUCAGCAGUCUUCUCGUGAUGGCAACCGCUCUCUCGGCUCCAACCUACAAGCCUCUCAAUCUGAUCGACCUCUACGUCAAGAGGAAUCUUCCGCUCCUCAUUCGAGCUCGUCUUGGCCUUUGACUGCAAAUUCCACUGGACCACUGGAUUAUUGCCCUGGUCGUGAUGCUGUAUCUGAUCGACAUGGAUGGCUUUAUGUUCGACCUGGUCAAUCAGGUUCGAAAAAUGAUCCAAUUCCCCCCACUGGGAUUCCUCGUUCCUUAUCGCUCCAAGAAAUGCCUACCAUCCCAUGGCUGGGUCAAGAUCGAACUACUCAAUCAUUUGGUCCACCUCCUUCUGGCGCCAUACCAGGAGGUCAAGAAUCACUCUACACUGAACCUGCGCUGGGACGUCGAAUGUCAUUGAAGAGUGACAUGACUAGCCCUCCAUCGAACUUAAAAAAUCUGGGUUCUUAUUACAACCCGAAUACCCUCAGUAGCAAUGUUUAUAAUGAUCAAACUCGUGACCCACGCGUUACUUCUUUUCUAUCCAACGAUCCAUCUUCAUUUCAACAACGUCUUCAUGCAUUCAUUCCUCCCAAUGCCACCAUGCGACCUAUCAGCCCUACCAACCGGUCUGGCAGGAUUGAACAAGUUGCUGAAGAAAUCUCUACUAUCUUUGUUGUUGGAUUUCCUGAAGAUAUGGAUGAGAGAGAAUUUCAAAAUAUGUUCAUGUUCUCACCUGGAUUCGAAGCUGCAACCUUGAAAGUCCCUGCCACAGCUCUAGCUGCUCGUGAUCACGCCAUGUCACCUACCGGGCCUCAUGGAUCCAGCAUUUCCUUACCUUCCACAUCGCAUGGCACCGUUGGACAGUCGUUCAGUUCAACUGCUCCCAAUAUGAUGGAUCCUUUCGGGAUGCCUUUGGGAUAUGAUGGACUUGAAGAUCUCUAUAGCCCAUUAGGAAUCGGUUGUGGACCCAAUGCUAGCCUUCAAGGCCUAGUUGAUUUUUCCGGUCUCGCUGGUGCUGGCAUUUCACCUUUCGGGAAUCGUAGACAAAUAAUAGGCUUCGCCAAAUUCAAGACGCGAGCGGAUGCCUUACACGCUCGUGAUGUGUUGAGCGGUCGGAGAGUUGAUGCCGAAAAAGGUUGUAUACUCAAGGCAGAAUUGGCCAAGAAAAACUUGCACACCAAGCGUGGAUUGUCCAAUGAAGCCUCAGCACCCCUUACCGUUUCCACACCAGCAUUUUCUUUCAAUGGUGGUUAUUUCAAUCCUUUCAGUCCGUCAGGUGAUCCUUUUAGUCCUAAUAACAAAUCCAACAAUGUGAAUUCAGAUAGUGGAACUCAAUCUGGUCCUCAUCGUGUCAAGAAUAUCCAUCGUUCCUCAAUCGACAGUGAUCAUCAGUUACAAAUGAAUCACUUUUUCGAAGUUGAACAUCGAACGUUAUCCAAUUCCAUAGAACCAUGUCAAUUUGACAUGAGUGCUACUCGGCCUCGCUCUUCUUCCACUUUUGAUCCCUUCUUGAUCACUGCAACUAACAGUUUGAACUUGUUGAAUGAACCAACGAGAGGAAAGAGUUUGAUCGAGUCAUUCGGAUCUCCAACUAGUCAACGCGCUCCUAUUGAUUACAGUGCAUUUGCCGCUACGCCCAACCCCCAUCAUUUCACCAACUCAUCUGGAUACGGUGGUCGACUCACUCGAACUGGUUCCCUUGGUUGUGGUACCAAUCCUAUCAAUACCGGCUCCACCUGGUUCAUCAAUCCUGGGCCAGCUACCACUACUGUCAACAUGCCAGCGGAGAAAGUAGGCGACAAAGGUAUCACAACUGAUCGACCUGGCUCCUUUGCUCCUACCUUCUUUCCCCUUGUACCGAAUAGCAGUAGUGGAGGUAGCAGUGGAAGCAGUGAUAGUAGUAGUACUGGUUCACGUCCUUCACUUGGAUCCAGUCCUACAGGUUUAGGAUCUACACUCCCACCCAACUCAGCACCUAACAGUCUCUCAACCAGCAGCGCCUUAAUGCCUCCCAACUCAACGGGUAAUGUUUGUCAAAAUUCGUUAAACCGAACUCAUUACCCAGCUGAUCAAAACCCAGCCAUCAACACCCUUUACGUUGGUAAUUUACCUACGGUGAUUCCCGGAACAGCAGUGGGUGAUAAUGUGAUGGGAUUAGCCACCAGAUUACCAGCACCUUUUCCACAUUCGAAUGGAAUGAUGUUAGUAGGACAUCCUCAUCAUCCCAAUACGCCCAUCAUGAGUAUCCCAAACCCAUCUACAUCUGUUUCUGGUAUGGAAUUAGAAGAUCGAUUGAGAAAGUUGUUUGGAAAGGCAGAAGGAUUUAAACGGUUUAGUUUCAGAUCUAAAGCUGGACAACCUAUGUGUUUUGUUGAGUUUGUGAAUGUUGAAGCGGCUAAAAAAGCAAUGGAAAACUUGUAUGGUGAUCGAUUAGAUGGAUUAGUACCGGGUGGAAUCAGAUUGGCUUUUAGUAGGAACGCUCUAGGUGUUAGAUCUAACCAACCUAACCAUCCAAAUUUUAAUCAAUUCUCUCAAAGUACAAAUAGAAAUCUGAACCCUAGUACAGGUUUAUCAACUUCUUUACCACCUCAAUCUUCUACACCACAUCAUAAUUCAAUGAUCAUCCCUUUUACAAAUCAUAAUUUGAAUUUGAAUCCUACUCAUCAACUUGUAGCAUCUUCAUCUACUUCGUUAAAUAUAUCUUCAUCUUGA